CAAAGGCACAUUGGAGGGAAGGGCUAGUCUUCGCUGUACGGUCGUAGGGUGCUGUGCAUUAGCAGCACUGUCCUUUCUAUUACCGCUUACUGACACUUGUUUUACAACUGCUUCAGAACAUUGUGAACAAUACAUCUGCAUGGAUAGACAAGGACAGCACAACUAAGCAAGGAGCAAUAAAUCACACCGCGUCAAUUCAGGUUCCCGAGUGAGGAGCACUUCAUUCUUAAAACCUGAACUCCGAAGGAGAGAUCCCGACACUGUCCACUUCACGUUCCUUCAACAAACACAGUCAGUCGACUGAAGCCAUGCCCUGUGUUCAGGCUCAGUAUGGGUCAUCACCUCAAGGAGCCAGUCCAGCUUCACAGAGCUACAGCUACCACCCUACUGGAGAGUACAGCUCUGAUUUCCUAACUCCAGAGUUUGUUAAGUUUAGCAUGGACCUGACCAACACUGAGAUCACAGCCACCACUUCUCUUCCCAGUUUCAGCACCUUCAUGGACAACUACAACACCAGUUACGACGUAAAGCCCCCUUGCUUAUACCAAAUGCCCCUCUCAGGACAACAGUCGUCCAUCAAGGUAGAAGACAUUCAGAUGCACAGCUAUCACCAACAAAGCCACCUGCCACCACAGUCAGACGAGAUGAUGGCACACUCUGGUGCUAUGUACUACAAGCCAUCUUCACCCCCCACUCCCACGACAACAAGCUUCCAAGUUCAACCCAGCCCAAUGUGGGAUGACCCUGGUUCUCUUCACAGUUUCCAUCAAAAUUAUGUGGCCACCACCCACAUGAUAGAUCAACGCAAAAAUCCAGUGUCAAGGCUGUCAUUGUUUUCAUUUAAGCAGUCUCCUCCUGGUACCCCAGCGUCUAGUUGUCAGAUGAGAUUUGAUGGUCCUCUUCACGUAUCCAUGAACCCUGAAACAUCCGGAGCCCAUCAUGUGAUAGACAGCCAGAGUUUUGCUGUCCCAAAUGCUAUGAGAAAGCAGACACCCCUUGGCUUCCCGCACAGUCUUCAUCUCGGCCAUGGGCCACAGCUGAUGGAUAACCAAGUUCAUUCACCUCCAUCAAGGGGAUCUCCGUCCAACGAGGGUUUGUGUGCAGUUUGUGGAGACAACGCAGCCUGCCAACAUUACGGGGUGCGCACUUGUGAAGGAUGUAAAGGGUUUUUUAAGCGCACUGUUCAGAAAAAUGCUAAAUACGUUUGUUUAGCAAACAAAAACUGUCCAGUUGAUAAACGCCGCAGAAACAGAUGCCAAUACUGCCGUUUCCAAAAGUGCCUUGUUGUUGGCAUGGUCAAAGAAGUUGUUCGUACAGCAAGUUUAAAAGGUCGAAGAGGUAGGCUACCUUCUAAGCCUAAAAGCCCCCAAGAUCCUUCACCUCCUUCACCACCAGUCAGUCUAAUCAGUGCCCUGGUACGGGCGCAUGUAGACUCAAACCCUUCAAUGUCCGGCCUGGACUACUCCCGAUUUCAGGCUAACCCUGACUACCAAAUGACUGGAGACGACACUCAACAUAUCCAGCAGUUCUAUGAUCUCUUGACCGGCUCCAUGGAGAUCAUCCGAGGUUGGGCAGAGAAGAUCCCGGGGUUCGCUGAUCUUCCUAAACAGGAUCAAGAUCUCCUCUUUGAAUCUGCCUUUUUGGAACUUUUCGUCCUGCGACUGGCGUACAGGUCCAACCCUGUGGAAGGCAAACUCAUUUUUUGCAAUGGGGCGGUCUUGCACAGACUGCAGUGCGUCCGUGGAUUUGGAGAAUGGAUAGACUCCAUAGCUGAGUUUUCAUCUAACCUUCAGAGCAUGAAUAUAGACAUAUCUUCAUUCUCCUGCAUAGCUGCCCUUGCCAUGGUAACAGAGAGGCACGGGCUAAAGGAACCCAACAGAGUAGAAGAACUUCAAAACAAGAUUGUAAAUUGUCUUAAAGACCAUGUGACUUUUAAUAGCGGUGGCUUGAACCGUCCAAACUACUUAUCUAAACUGUUGGGAAAACUUCCAGAACUUCGCACACUCUGUACGCAAGGUCUGCAGCGCAUCUUCUAUCUAAAACUUGAAGACUUGGUCCCUCCCCCAGCAAUAAUUGAUAAGCUCUUCUUAGACACACUACCCUUUUAAAGACAUGAGUCUGGCAUGUGAUGCGAUCCCGAAGAACGUCCCCAGACUAAACCCAGAAUAAUGUCUGCUAACAAUGGGACGUGUGUCCGGCGUAGAUACAAAACUAUUUCCAAGCGCUUGCCUGACCUGUGUGAAAGACACUUUAGCUUGUGGACAAGGAUUCAAAAUUGGACUGCACAUGUAUAAUGGUACAUACAUUUUAAUAUAUUCAAAGAUUUUAUUGACAAAUAACGACCUCUUUUUGAGGUGAAAGUGUCCGCCAAGGCUUUGUUCGUCUUUUAACGAGACUAUUCUUGACCAAGAACACUACAUUAUUCUGCAAUUGCCGUCCUUCUUAUUAAAUGGAAAUCUCUGCUUUAUGGGAAAUAUGUGCUUUAAUGUAAUAUAUUCAAUUUAUCUUUAUAUAUAUAUAAAUUAAUGUGAUGCGUCCAAUGCCUCAGUUUAUAAAAGGUGCAUAACGCUUGUAAAUGAUCAGAUUCAGUUUUGCUUUUUAUAUUUUGUGCCUAUAUGUUUCUGUCAGGAUUACUGAACGAUACGAACAAUCUGAAAGUAUUUCAAAAAGGGAACGCAUGUUGUAGGAUUUAGGAAUACUGUAGGCACUUGCUAUUAAAGUAAUGUCUAUAAUGUAAAUAUCGUACCGGACACUAUGUAGUCUAUUAGAUUUUAUAAUGAUUGGUAAUAUGGGACACAUUUUAUGUAAGAAAUUAUGUGAGCAACAAAAUAUCUAAAACUGUGUAUAUUAAAAGGGACUCAUUGUGUUUGUAAAA